GAGAGGAUUAUUUAGCUUACAACAAGCGGCGCUGGGGAAGCGAUGCUUGGACCCGGUCCUUGCGCCAGCAGGGCCAGAAGGUCGGUGCGCCGUUUCGGGAAUGGAAAUGGUGGCCCAACACCUUGAAGGCGCAUUGCCUGGUCCUCUUUGCAGAGGAAAGAGGAAUUAGCUCCUCUGCCGCAAAGGCGGCUUUGUUUCAAGCCCUCUACGAGGAGGGAGCCAACAUCUCCAGUGACAAAGUCUUGGCUGAGCUGGCUGAGAGCAAGCUCGGCGAGGCCCUCAGGACUCGCCAGGGCAGAAUCCCACCGGAGUAG